AUCGUGUAGGCUUUAAGCCUCCUACCUUGAUUGCCUCGAGUGCUGUUCCUCGCAGCGCCCUUACACAUCCACUCAAGACCCCUUCUAUCGCUCCCGCGCGCAGCCAUGGAAACGCAUGGCGCGGUCAUGCAUCGCCCCCAUGCGUAAAAGCAAUGCGACUUUGCGCGGAUGGAACAGCAGCCACGUUACGAGGCAGUGGGCUCGCCGGAAGGCGCUGCGGGCCCGCUCGCGGCCGCGCUGAUGCAGCCGCAAAGCCAGCAAGGCUAUGCGCAGGAAUUCCCACGGCCGAGCGCGAUGCAGCAGUUCGAGGCAAGCCACGACGGUGCCUCGGCUUCGGGCGGCCGGCAUGAGCCGGCAGAGCUCGCACCCUCCGCGGCGCCCGUGGCAUUUUGGAAACCCCUCCCUGUCGCCGCUGCCGGCGGGGGCCCCGCCGCCGAGUCGGGCGCGCCGGAAGCGGCUGCCUUCGCGUUUGGCGCUCCUCAGCCGCCGCAGAUCAUGCCGGAAGCCGGGCAUUCGAUGCCUGUUGGCGCUGGUGGUGCCGCUGCUGAGGCGGCGGAGGCAAGGCAGCCGGGGGGCAGCAGUGCUGACGUGGCGUGGGGGCAGCAGCCGCAGGAGCAGCACCCUGCAGCAGCAGUGUGGCACCACCCGCAGGUACAGCCACACACACACCUUCCGCCGCCGCAGGAGCUUCCGCCGCAGCACCUUCCUCCGCCACAGCCGCAGCAGCAGCCUCCGACGCCGCAGCACCUGCAGCAGCAGCUGCUGCUCUACCCGCCGCAACAUCAGCAGCAGCCCGCCGGUACCUCGGCGCCGGCCGUAUUGGACGCCGGCGGGGCAGCAGCAACCGCAGGUGGCGCCGCCGCCAACGGUGGCGACGGAUGCGCGAUGUGGGUCGGCGGCGGCGGGACCAUGCGCGGUGAUACAGACUCAGUAGGCCCGGAUGGCAGCGGCGGCGCGAGUGGUGCCGGCGCCGGAGCCGCCGCCGCCGCUGCCGCUGCCGCUGCUGUGGGGCUCGCCGCGGCUUCAGCCCUGCCGCAGCCGCUGCACGGGUACGCCUUCCCACCGCCGCCCUUCCCGGCGCCGUCUGUGCAGGGCUUGCCGCCGGCGCCCCCGUCACACGAGCAGCAGCAACAGGAACAGUUGCUGCAGCAGCACCACAUGCAGCAACAGCAGAUGUUGCAGCAGCACCAGUUGCAGCAACACCAAUUGCAAUUGCAACAACAGCAGAUGUUGCAACAGCACGAGCACAUGCAGCAACAGUUCCUGCAACAGCAGCAGCAAGAGCAGCAAGAGCAACAACAGCAGGUGGUGGCCAUGUCGGGCUCACCGCCGCACAUGCUGCUGUCGCCCUUUGUGCCGCUUUACGCACUGGGCACCGCAGGGGGCGGCGGCGGCGGCCCAACGCCGGCGCAGGCAGAGGCGCCCCUGGGCGGCUUGGAGCAGCCUAAUAACCCGAUGGAGAUGCAGCAGCAUCUGACGCUGCAGCACUGGGGCAGCGGUGCCGGGGCGGCGGCGGCAUCAGCGCUGCCGCCGGCGGGCCCUGGCGGCGGCAGCUUUCACGGUGGCAUCAGGUCUGCUCAGCAAAUGCCCUGCUUCCCGUCGGCUGGAGACUUGCAGAACCAGCAACAGCAACAGUUGCAACACAACGCUCAUCAGCAGCAACAGCAAUGCCAGCAACAGCAAUACCAACAACAGCAGGGCCAGCAGCAACAGCACCAGAUUUUCCACCCGCAGCCGCACCUGGCGGCCGGCGGCGCCUCAUCACUGCUGGUGUAUCCGCAGACGCCAGCGGCAGCCGCCUCCGCAGCAGCCUCCGCAGACGCCUCCGCAGGAGCAGGAGCCGGGGGCUAUUUGCCGCCGCCAGCACUGGCGCCGCCUGACUCCCAGCAGCUAAUGCCGCCACAGCAGCAGCAACAGCAACAGCUGCUGCACGAGCAGCACGUGCGCAUGUUGGCGGCGAUGGCGCCGCCGCCGCCAGCUGCACGUGGUGAUGCGGCGUCGCCGCCGCUGCCCAUGCCCUCGAUCUUCCCGCCCUCAGGCCUCACGCCGCCGCCGCCAGGCUCGUUCCAUCAGCUACCUCCGCCGCUCUCGUCCCUGGGUCAUCCGCAGCAGCUGCAGCCACAGUCACAGCUACAGCAGCUACAGCCGUCGGCGGCGGCCGCGGCGGGUGGGUUUGGCGUGGAGCGCUCCAUCAGCCUGAGCGGCUACCUGCUGCUGCCCCAGCAUUCGUCGCAGCAACAGGCGAAAAUGCAGCAACAGCAGCAGCAGCAGGAGCAGCAGCAACAGGCGCAAAUGCAGCAACAGCAGCAGAUGCAGGUGCAACAAGCCCAGGUGCAGAUGCAGAUGCAGCAGGCUCAGGCGGCGCAGAUGCAGAUGCAACACCAACAGCAGCAGCAGGCGCAGCAGGCUGUUGCCGCGGCGGCGAGCGCUGCGGCCGCGGCGGCUGUCGACUACUUCUACAGCAACAUGAACCACCAGCAACAGCAGCAGCUGCAGCAACAGCAGGACAUGCUGCAACUGCAGGACAUGCAGCAGCAGCCUUACUCCUACCUGCAGCCACCGACGGCAGUCGAGCCUGCUGCGCAAGACACCUCCGGCGUGUCGAUGCCGCCGCCGCCGCCGCCGCAGAUUCCGCAGCUGCCGUCCCUCAGCCUGCAGCCCUUCCAGCCGCCGCACCUGCCGCCACUGAAGGCAACGGGCCGGCGGCUGGAUGCCGGUGGCGGCAGCGGCAGCAGUGCAGGAGGGGAUCAGCAGCCGCAGCAGGAGGGGGAGGGGGAGGAGGGUAUUGACACGGGGACACCGACGCUGGUGGCGAGGCGGGCGUCGCCCUUUGCGCUGCAGUCGCCGCCGCCGAUGGCCCGUUGGCAGGCAGCCCACGGUGGCGGCGGCGGCGGCAGUGAUGGCGGAGGCAAUGGCGCUGCUCCCGUUGCAGGGGUUGCUGCUGGUGUGGGCGCAUCAGGCACCGUGAUUGUUGCACAUGCCGGCGGUUUAGAGGAGCAAGGGCACCAGCACCAACAGCAGCUGAUGCAGCAGCAAUUCACGCAGGCGUAUCCACAGCAGCAGCCGUCGCAGCAGCAAAUUUUCGUGUCCUAUGGUGGCAGUGGCGUGCUGCCGCCGCAGUUUCCCAGCGCCGGCAGCCUCGGUGACGUCAACGCUGCCGCCGCCGCUCCCACUACUGGCACCGCCGCCGCCACUCACCCCAUGCCGCAGCAGUUCAGUGGGUACGUGCCAAUGGCCAUGCCGCCGCCGCCGCAGCAGCAGCAGCAGCAGCAAGUAUCGAUGGCGGCUGCGCAACCCCAACCUCCACCCCCUCUGCUGCCGCCGGCAGAAGCUAACCACUACAACCCGCCGCCGUACAAUCAGCAACAGCUGCAGCAGGCGCCGCCAGCAGGCAUGUACGACCAACACACCGCUCACCUUAUGCUGUACGGCAUGCAGCAGCAACUGCCCAUACACGCCGCAUCCGUACCGCUGCCGGCGGCGGAGCCGCGGCGGGCCGCGCUACUGCCGCCCGAGCAGCAGGCGCAGGCGCUGCUACAGCCGGCGCCGUCCGCGCCGCCAGUGCUGAUCAGCUCAGACUACAGCACUGGGCAGGCGCUGCUACAGCCGUCGAGCGUAGGAGGUGGCGGCGGCGGCGGCGGUGGGGCCGGCGGCGGUGACGGGGGCAUGUUCAUUGGAACGGUUGGCCGGAGGGUGAGUUUGGCGGGCGGCGGCUACGUGCUGAGUCAGCACCCGGAUGGCGGUGGCGGCGUUGGUGGCAGCGGCGGUGUUGGUGGCAGCGGCGGCGCCGGCGGCGCAGACGCCGGCAGCUUCGCUGCAGGGUCUGGAGCGGGCUACCUCGCGCCCCUGGCAGCGGCGGCUGUAGCACAGGUGGCGGUGGGUCCGUACGAGUACGGGCAGCAUCAACAUGUGUUCCAGCAGCAGCAGCAGCCGCAACAGCAACAGCCGCAGCAGGUGCUGUCGGCGUUUGCGCCGGCGUUGCAUCCGAAUGGGGGCGAUGCCGGCUCAUACUUGCACCAGCACCAGCAGGAGCCGCGUGUCGGCGGCGGCGGUGACGGCACGGCGGAAGCGACGCCGCCGCCGUCGGUUCUGCUGGGUGGCCCCGGCGGCAGUCCUCCGCGGCCCGCCAGCACGGCCCAGGCAGCCAUGUCCUUCCUCAUGCAGGUUUUGGACGACGGCGGCGACACACGCAUGACGGCGGAGGAGGUGCACGCGCUCAUGCACCCGCAGCACACACCGCCGCCGCCUUCGUUGCAGCAGCAGCAGCUACAGCCGCAGCUACAGCCGCAGCUGGACAUGGGCCGGACUGAGUCGCUGGAGACGACUGUCGCCACCUUGGGCGCGGCGGCGGCGGGAACCGCCCCCCGGGGUUCAGCGGGCACGGGGGCGGCGGUGGGGCUCGUGGCGGCGCCUGCUGGCGGGGGCAAUGAGGGCGCGAGCGGGCCCCGUGGCGGCAGCGGCAGCGGCGGGGCUGGGGUUGGUGUGGGAGCGGGCGAUGUGCCGUCGCCAGCAGAUGGCGGUGGCACCGAUGCGGGAGCGCAGCUGCAGCGCCUAGCGGUGCCGCGCAUUGCGCUCGCGGUGGCAGAGAGGAGCGGCAGUAGCAGCAUCGAGGGCGCGGCUGCGGCAGCAGCGGCGGCAGCUUACGCCCACACCCGCGCCGCCACGCCGGCGGUUCAGAGCUGGACCGACGCGGCGGCGGCGGCCGCGGCGGCGGACGGCGCCGUCCCGACUGCGGCCGUGCUGCAGCGGCAGCAGCAGCAGCAGCAAAGGCAAGAGACAGAGGCCCCGGCAGUAGCAGAGGUGGCGCCGCAGCCGUCGCUGCUACUGCCGCGGGCUGGGCUGCGCCCGCCCUCGCCGCCGCUGUCGCCCAUCAGCAUGCAGCUGGAGGGGGCGGGCAGCCUGCUACAGCCGCUGCUACUGCCGACGCCGCAGCGCCACCACAACCACCAGCAUCCGGUGCUGCUGCAGCCGCCACAAGCCAAUGCCGAGCUGGGCCAGGCGGCGGCGGCGGCGGCCGGCGCUGAGAACAGACGCGAGCAGCAGGGGGUGCUGGGCGGUGUACCGGCGGCAUUAUCAGCAGGCCUGACGCCGGCGGCGGCGCCGCUGCCUGCCCAAGCGACCGGCAGCAGUGGGCCUGGAGCAGAAGGCAGCGCAGCGGCUGCUGGUGAGGAGCUGCAGCGGCAGCAGCUGUGGAAGGCCAGCUGGCAGACGGCAGGCUACGACGCAGUCGGGCGCGAUGUGGCCUCUCAUGCUGCGUCGCUCGUUGGCAGCGCCGCGACGAACGUCGCGGCGGCGGCGGCCGGCGCCGGCGUGGCGCAGCCGGGUGCGCUCGGUGCAGCAGAUGCUGAGCUAGGAGGGUUCGCCGCGGAAACCAAGUUGGAGCCGUCGCCGCAGCAGCAGCCGCAACUCACCUUACCCGCGCCCCCGCCGCCGCGUCCGUGGUCGGUGCUGCCAAGCCCCGCGCAGCAGCCACAGCCACAGCCGCAGCCGCAACCCGGACAUGCCGCAGGCCCCACGGGGCUGCUGCCCGCGACUCCAUCGGCGUGGCCGCUGCCGCCACUGCAGGUGCGGCGCCAGAAACAGCCGCCCCCGGGCCACUCGGCAGCAGCAGUUCCACCAGCAGCACCCGCGCCAGCAGCAGCAGGCGCCGGCGGCGGUGCGGGCGCAAGCGACGCGGCGGGCGGCGGCACGGCGUCGCCGCCGGCGCGCAAGCGGCAGCGCAGGUCGGCGCCGCAGCAGCCGGCCGGUGCUGCCGCUACAUCUGCGGGGCCGGGCGGCAGUAGCCUGCUGGGCACAGGCCCGGCUGCCGCCGCCGCCGCCGCCGCCGCCGCCGCUGCUCCUCCUCGGAGUCCUGCCGCCGCCCGGCGCCGCCGCCAGCCUCGCGAACACGGCAAUCCUGACCUGGCCCGUGAUGGCGUCGGCGGCGGCGGCGGCGCUGGCGGCGGCACCAGCAUCACGGCACAGCGCACGCCGCCGCCCCGCGCCGCCGGAGGCGGCGGCCGCGCAACCAACGCUCCCGGCGGUACCUCCGGUGGCGGCGCCGCCGCCGCCAGCGGCGCCAUCAGCGCCGACGACGGCGACGGCGCCGUGGACGGCGACGGCUUCCACCCCCAGUGGCUGGUGGUGCUGACGACCGACCCGCGCUUCUUCCAGCCCUGCCCCAACCCCGGCUGCAACCCGGCACACCCCGGCAGCCGCGACGCGCUGAUGACGUACCUGGACGUGACGGACCCGUACACCCCCGGCGUGUGCAGCUACUGCCGCCCAGGCCGGAUGGCGGCGGGGCACAGGCUGCUGCAGGUGCGGCGCAGCACCUACCACGAGGUCGUGCAGCUGGCUGACGUGGACGAGCUGCUGGACCUGGAGGGGGUGCAGCUGUACACCAUCAACCACGCCCGGGUGGUGUUCCUGCGGCCUCGGCCUCAGGCGCGGGCGCCCAAGGGCGCAGCCAUGCCCAGCAAGUGUGUGGUGGACGGGCGGCAGCUCAUGGACGCAGGCGCCGACUACUGCAGCCUCAGGUGCAAGAUGGAGCGCGACCCAGACCACGUGUUCAAGGACGCCGCCUGCCCCGCCGCCGCCGCCGUGCGGGCCCACAUCGCCGCACGCGGCGCCGCCGGCGACGCGGCCGGUGCCGGCGGCGCAGCCGGCGCAGGCCCUGCUGGCGCCGCCGCCGCUACCAGCGCGCCGCUGCCAGCGCCAUCAACUGCAGCGCUCCUAGGCUUCUCGCCGACGGCGGCUCUGGCGGGGGCGCGGUCGCCUGCAGCUGGCGGGGGCGCGGCAGCGGGUGCGGCGGCGAGUGCGGCGGCGCUUCCAGUGGUUCCCCUGUCAGGCCGGCCGACGCCCGCACACGCCCGCGGCGGUGCGCCGCGGGGGCCGUUCACCUAUGAGGACUGGGUGGGCGGGGCGGGCGCAGCGGGGGCAGCGGCGGCGGCGGGCGCAGCGGUGAUGUCAAAGGCUAGGGAGGUGGGAGGGGCGGCAGCGGGCGGCGGUGGCGGCGGUGGCGGUGGCGUUGGGGAGCAGGCGGUCGUGCUGGAGCAGGAGGAGCGGGCGCUAGGCCGUGCGAGCGGUAGUGGCGGCCGCACCGGCGGCGACCGGGGCGGGCAGUCGCCGGCAGCCAAGCGGCGGCGGGUGCCGCCAGUGGCGCCGGCUGCCUUGCCGCCGCCGCUGCACCCGCAGCAGCCGCUGGUUGUGGGACCUGAAGAAGCAGCGACGGCGCAUGGGGCUGGGGCCGGGGUCAUGCAACUGACUCCCAUCCGCUCCCCCGGACCUCGUGCCUCGCGGCAGCAGCAACAGCAGCUGCUACAGCUGCAGCACCUGCGGCUGCAGCAACAGGUGGCGGCGGCGGCGGCAGGCAGCAGCGGCGGUGUCAGCGGCAGCGGUGACGAUAUUGCAGCUGCUGCGGCCCUGCGCACGCCCACGCCGCCGCCGCCGCGCUCCGAGCAAAGCCUGCACCUACUGCCAGACACGCAUCCCCCGCCGCCGCCGCGGCCAGGCCUAUUACACGUAGUUCCAGCGCGCUCGCCGGCACACUCACCUCGCUCUCACCUAUCCGGCGGCCAAGGUAACGAGGUGCCACAGCUCUUCCAAGCCCCAUCUCCGCAGCCGCCGCCGCUGCUGCGCCCGCACAUGCCGUCGCCGCUUCGCGGCACGCCGCCGCCGUCGCCGAAGAGGUCGCCGUCGCAGCCAGCGGCGCAGCCAGUCCACGUGACCCCAUACGGAACAACGGGUGGCGGUACGGCGGCGGGCGUUUUUGGAGAAGAUGUCCGCACCAGCGGUGGCAGUGGCGGCGGCGUUGUCGGCGCCAAGACCAUGUCGACCACCGGCGACAGCCACGGCGGCGGCGGCGGCGCGGGCAUGAUGGCCGCGGCCGCGGCCGCCACACCGGCCCUGAGCACAGGCGCAGACAGCCUUGCAGGCCGCGGCUGGGAGCAAGGAGGCGGUGACGGCGACAGCCUCGGCGGCGGCGGCGACAUUGUCGGGCAGCCAGACGAGCAGGGCGCCGCGGCGACGGGCCUGGCGGCGCGUGCGCAGCUGGCAGCCGCCUCUGGAGCGACAGGAGCGGCCGUGGGCGGGGAGGAGGUUGGGCCCGAGGUUGGGCCCGAGGGAGAGGGCGAGCGCGAGGGUGAGGGGGAAGCGGUCCCGCCGGCGCACAUGCUUGUGGGCCACACAGAGGAAGACCGGCGCGCGACGUCGCUGUCCGCUUCACCACCAACCACCGCGUCUGGCGGCGCCGCCGCCGGCACGCCACCCGACACCGCGACGGCGGCGGCUGCGACAAGCACAGCAGCAGCAGCGACGGCGGCCGCCGCCGCCGCGGCGGCGGCUGCGCUGAGCAGCAGCGGCGGCGUGGGCGGCUACGGCAGUGACGGGGUGGAGGGCCCGCGGCGGCGGCAUCACGGCAUUGCGCGAGGCGGGCCGCCGCCGCAGCUGCGGCCUGCGCUGCUGAAACGCUCCAGCCCGCAGCAGCAGCAGCAGCAGCAGCGACAGGUCCCUCCUGAGCUGGCUCCCCUGCCGCUGCCGCCGUCGCCACCGUCGCCGGCCACAGCCCUGCGCCACGCGCACUUCGGCCCCGCACCCGCAUCUGCCCCAGGCGGUGUUAGCGCGCUACCAGUUGCUGACGACCCUGCCGUCAAGUCGGCGGCGGCAACGCUGACGGCCCGCCAUGCCGAACCGGGCCAGCCGUUGACGCCAGUCGAGGGAACGCCGCCGCCCUCUCCUCUUGCGGCGGUACCGCCCGCGUCUAGCUACACCGGUGGCGGCGGCGACGGCGGCAUAACGGGAGCGGUAGCGGCGCUGCUUGACUCCGGGCGGCAGGAGAGCGUCAACCUAGGCGGCGGCGGUGGCGCUGCGGGCGGCGACUCUGGCUGGCGGGAGGAGUCUGGCAGCGCGCCGACGGAGGAGGAUGCAGAUGGCGCGCAUACGUCCCUCACCGCCACUGCCACGCCCACUGCCAGUCAGGGCAAUGCCGCCGAUGCUGAUGCCAUGGAUGCCGACGCAGCGGCGCCGUCACAAGACGGCCUCAUUGUGAUGGCGGCGUUGCCGCCGCUGACGGCGGCGGCGGCGGCGGCGCCACCGCCGGGGCAGGCGCCGUCCCCCUACGCCUCACCUCGCAGUGCAACCGGCGCCGGCGGCGGUCGAGUACUUCGGCACGGCAGCCUGAGCAGCGGCAGCGUUGGCAGCUGGGCCGCCGGCAUGGGCCCAGGGGGCGGCGGCGGCGGUGGCGGCGGCGCCACCGGCAGCCGCGGCCUGCCGCCGCUACCCGGUCUGGAGGCGGACUUCAGCACGGGCUGGGGCGCGCUGAUGCGGCCGCACCUGGCCGGCAUGAUGGCGACGCCGGCGGCCAGCGAGGCAGCAGACGGCGCGCAGCUGGCGGCCGCCGACACCGCGGCAGCGGCAACGGGGCCCGCAGCGGAGGCGGCGCCCCAGCAGCAGCAGCAGCAGGCCGGCGUCUCGGGCGGAGCUCCGCCAUCACUGGUACCGUCACCUGCGCGGUCGCAGCCGCUGCUGCAGGUCCCAUUGCCGCUAUUGCCGCCGCCGCACCCAGAGCUGCUGCAGCCCCAGCCCGCGCACCGCAGCGCCGCCGCCACGCCGCCGCCAGCGGGGCUCCCGCCCCUCCAGCUGCCGCCGCGGAGCCCCGGCCGCAGCCCCGCGCUCAGCCCCGGUCGCAGCCCCGCCCGCAGCCCGGGCCGCGGCAAUGGCGGCGGCGGCGGCAAUGGCGGCGGCGGUAGCCGCACCUCCCGCGGUAGCUACAGCCACGCCCACAGCGGCCUCAGUCACAUGGAUAGCGGCGACACGGCUGGCGGUGCAGGCGGCUACAGCCCGGGCCUGGGCCAGGGCCAGGGACCGCACACACCGCCUGGUGCAGGUGGAGGUGGUGGUGCAGGUGGUGGUGGUGGUGGUGGUGGUGGUGGUGGAGGUGGUGGUGGCAGCGGGCCUCCCUCUCCCCACCAGCAGCUGCUGCUGAUGCAGCUGCACCCGCACCACCACAAGCGCAAGGGCGCGCCGCACCGCAGCGCGCUGGAGUGAUGGGCGGGGGCCCGCGCGCCGCAAGAGAGGGCGUUGCAUGGUGUUGUAGGCAGCGGCGGUGGACAGCUCUGGUUUCAGGCGAGGCGCGUAAGCUCCGCGGCAGCACGCGUGCGUGCCACAUCUGCAAUGGCGUGAGGCGUGGGCAGCGGGAAGUGUGAAUCGGAUGGGUGGCGCCGUGCCACAAACCACUAGCCACUAGGACAGGGAAGCCAGUUGCUAAAGGCUGCUAAGGUGUUCUCAACCCUUUACCGAUCGACGUAAAUACAGAUACAUAUAUUGCUGGGCUGCUGCGCGCCGGGUGAGAAACCACACAGGCGGCCUUGCGUGGGGUUGGGAUGAGGGGGCCGAGGGGGAUGUGGCGGCAGGGUCGUGGAUACCGUACUGAUGCGGAGCGGAUGCCGGCUCGCCGAGCCGCAUGGCUGUGCCGUAGGCACAGGAGGAUGAGGAUCGCUGGACUGAAAUACAUAUUGUUGCCAGAACUGGUUGAUUAACUGGAGCGGUUGAUGCUACGGUACGCAGAUGGGUGCUGGCGUAGUGGUAGUGGUGUGUGGGUGUCGGGCGGAUGGUGGCUGGGGGGAUGCGCGGCCACGGGUGCCGCACUGGCGCGCGGUCGCAAGGGGGGGGGAGACCACCAUGCCCCAUGAGAGGCCUCAGCGGCCACGGCCCAACGAUGGGAGGGGAAAGGCAAGGGGAAGCUGGGGGAAGCUGGAAGAAGCUGCAGGCGUGCCGGCAGGCGGGGUCGGUUGUGGAGCCACGGCGUGGGGGUACGCUCCGGUAGGAAGGCUGGAGGGGGGCCUGUAGCCUAGAGAGUAGGCGCCCCGAGAGGGGCUCUCACAGAGCCGAAUGGUGCGCCCGGAUGCAUCUGUGCGUGUGUGCUCCGCCCGUCUUCCCCACAGCUAAUUGUGCAGGACGCGCUUGUAAGGGUAAACCACA